AUGGGCGCGUGCGCGUCGGCACCGAGACUGAUUUCCUUCUCGGCGCCUUCGAGUUCGUCGUCGACGCCGGUCGUCGUUUCUUCGAGCAGCGGCGGCGAUGUGUGUGCGACUUUGUCUUCUUCUUCUUCUUCGAGACGAAGAAGUUUUUUUUCGAGAUCACGAGGUUCUUCCUCGAGAAGACGGGGAAGCUCUCAAACGCGAAGGGCACCCAAAACGAGGUCGUACGUGAAAGCGCUCGAGUCGAAUCCAAAAUCGAGAGUUCUGUACGACGGAGUGUGUUCUAUUCCGGGAGGAUCCAAAUACGAGUCGUUUCGAGGGUACGAAGGCGUCGAUCUUUCGCAUAAAUCGAAAGACUUUCAAACGUGGAUGAAGGACGUCAAGUUUCACGAUCCCAAGGAAUUCGAUAACUGGGAAUCGGAGACGAUGGAUUUGUUGGACGAGAUGAUUGAAGUGGCCACGAGACGGUGCGAAGAGAGCGUGAAGACGUUACCGGAGGAUGAUCCCGAGGUGAUUUAUAGGACGUUGAAAGCGUUCAAGAGCGGCGUCCCGGAGAAAAGCGAAGAAGAAGAAGAGUUGGAAGAAGAAGAGAUGGUGGAAGAAGAGGUGGAGGAAGAAGUCACGGUAACAAACGAAGAUGGCACGACAACAACGACCACGCAAACCGUGAAACGACUCAAAAAGAAAAAGAAAAGGAAAUACGCAAAGCGUCCGCAACCGCCGAAAAUUCCGCAAAUUAUGCACGAAGCCGUGCGCAAAGCGCUCGAAGAUCCCGACGUUGAAAGUUGGACGUCCACUUCUCCGGAAAUCGAGAAAGCGUUCGAUGAAAACUUUGAGUAUUUUACCAUCGAUGGUGCAACUAUCCGCGGACGCGUAUUUGCGUUCAGUCGCAUGGACAAAGCCAUCGUCGAUUUACGAAACCGGAUGAUGGGGAGCACGCGGUCGAAGCGGCAAAUCAAGUCCAACGCCAUGAACGUGGAAGGACCGACGUACGUCGGAAGAGGCGACGAGAAACACAUCACGAAGUGGGAGGUGUUGUACAAGUUUGACAUGUUGCUGAUGAAGGUCAAAAUUUGCGAGAUUUUCGAAGUGAACGAAGAAACUGGUUUGGUCGUCAAGUUAUCGCGAUUUCGAAUAUAA